CAUCAGAGUUCACAAUGCUAACUUUAUUYUUGUAAUUUCUUUUGCUCAUUUUUGCAAGAUUUCGACUUGUCUUAGCUGGGAAAUUACCCGUCGACGAUGUGGUCAAGUAUAAAGAACUUCUUUUAUCGACACAGAAGAAAAUUUGUAAUCGGAGGAGUCGUGAUCGCUGGCGUUUAUGCUGCCGCGAAAUAUGCACAAUGGCRAGUUGAAGAAUGGAAGGACGCACAAGAACGAGAAUAUAUCGAACACGCUCGUAAACAGCACCACUUUGAGAGCAAUCAACGAACUUGUAGCAUAACAUUAUACUCUUUAAUACCUUCUCUCAAAGAYUCCUUACUUGAAAAGCUUAAUUCUGAGGAGCUCACUGCAAAACUUCGUGACAAGAACUCYAAUGUCAACAAAGUUGAAGUCUGGGAAAAGUUGAAAGUCUUGAGCUUCUCGCGAACCCUAACUGCAGUUUAUUCAUCUUGUUUAUUGUUCGUUUUUUUGCGUGUUCAGCUUAAUAUCAUUGGAGGGUACAUGUAUUUGGAUAGCAUAGACGCCAGGAAGGGACAAGGAGAAAAUGGAAUCACUCCUAGAGUGGCUGAAGACAUGCAGAAAAAAUAUCUWGCUCUUGUGAAGUAUUUACUUAGUGAAGGCUUGGAGGAUAUGAUUCGAGGGAUAGAGCAAGCUACUGAGGCUGUUCUACAAGAAAUAUCACUCAAGGAAAAAUUCACUGCCCACAGYCUCACACAAUUGGUCAAUCACAUUCGUCAAACCUUUGAGUUUACCCAACAUGCAUGUCAUGCCGAAAGAGCUGAUGAAGAAAGCCCCCUGCUCGCCAGUUCAAAGCCAUUUUGUCAGUUCAUGGUUCCUGURGACUUAGAGGGCCUUAAUAUGUAUGGUGAUGAGGGRAAUGGGAGGUUUUUGCACCUUGUGGAGGAAACACUCGAUGURUUGGARAGUGAUGACUGUAUCGCUGUGUUGCAGUCCUGUUUGGAUGCCGCAUUUAAACAUUUAAUGACUAAUGUUGGUGCUUUCUUUGAACCAGAGAUAGGUACUGAUGAUCCAACRGCCAAUCAACAAGCUGCAAGUCUUCCUCUUGCUAAGAUUAUCCCAAUCAUGAAUGGGCAGAUUCAUCACUUGCUGAGYGAYCCUGACARCCAUUACAUUCAGGAUUUGUUUAGAGUGAAGUGUACUGGAGAAUUUGCUGCAAAUGUUUAUGAGGCUUUCUGUACUGAGAUAGACUGACUGUGAAAUGUUGAUGUACAUGUACAUUUGGUGAGUUAUUGAUGGAUAUAUAUUCUGAAUAUAGACUUUAUUGUGUAUAAGGCCAUUUAGCAAUCAUACAUAUGACAUAUUUUGUAGAUAAGUAGAGAAUAAGCUUUUGUAUGAGUUUGUAAUGCAUAAGAAAAAUGAAUAAAAUGUUCAUGAUUUUAA